CUCGCGCGAGGCUAUGGAGCAGGGCCGAUUGCCCGAUAGUGGUGCGCGAGCGAGGUGAGGGGCAUGGAGGGGCCCGGGACUUGGGACUGAUGACGAUGCGCUUCCUUGUACAAAAGCUCGGGACUUUCUCACCACGACUUUUUGACUUUACUUCGCGAUAACUGUAUAUACACACAUAGUCGACAUGUCGGAUACUACUGGAAAGACGAUUACGUGCAAGGCGGCGGUUGCUUGGGAAGCUGGCAAGGACCUCUCCAUCGAGGAUAUCGAGGUCGCGCCCCCUCAGGCGCACGAGGUCCGCAUCCAGAUCUACUACACCGGUGUCUGCCAUACCGAUGCCUACACACUCUCCGGAAAGGACCCCGAGGGUGCUUUUCCCAUCGUUCUCGGGCACGAGGGAGCUGGUAUUGUCGAGUCGAUCGGCGAGGGCGUCACAAACGUAAAGGUCGGCGACAACGUCGUUGCGCUGUACACACCAGAAUGCAAGGAGUGCAAGUUCUGCAAGUCGGGCAAGACGAACCUCUGCGGUAAGAUCCGCGCUACACAGGGCAAGGGCGUCAUGCCCGACGGCACAUCGCGCUUCAAGUGCAAGGGCAAGGACCUCCUCCACUUCAUGGGCACAUCGACCUUCUCGCAGUACACCGUCGUAGCAGACAUCUCCGUCGUCGCCAUCACCGACAAGGCGCCCAUGGACCGCACAUGCCUGCUCGGCUGCGGCAUCACGACCGGGUACGGCGCCGCCACCAUCACAGCCGGCAAGGGCGGCGUGGAGGAAGGUUCCAACGUCGCCGUGUUCGGCGCGGGCUGCGUCGGACUAUCAGUCAUCCAAGGCGCGGUCAAGAACAAGGCCGGCAAGAUCAUCGUCGUGGACGUCAACGACUCGAAAGAAGAGUGGGCCAAGAAGUUCGGCGCAACAGACUUCGUCAACCCCACUAAACUCGGCGACCAGAGCAUCCAGGAAAAACUCGUCGACAUGACAGACGGCGGCUGCGACUACACUUUCGACUGCACGGGUAACGUGCAUGUCAUGCGCUCCGCGCUCGAGGCGUGCCACAAGGGCUGGGGAGAAAGCAUCAUCAUCGGCGUUGCGGCCGCGGGCCAGGAGAUCGCUACACGACCUUUCCAGCUCGUCACCGGCCGCGUCUGGAAAGGCUGUGCCUUUGGCGGCGUCAAGGGCCGCACGCAGCUCCCCGGCCUGGUUGCGGACUACAUGAACGGCGACCUCAAGGUCGAUGAGUUCAUUACGCAUCGCCAGCCGCUGGGCAAGAUUAAUGAGGCGUUCUCGGAUAUGAAGGCUGGGGAUUGCAUUCGUUGCGUGGUUAAUAUGCGGGAGUGACUACACUCGGGCGCUAAACUUUAGGUGGGGGAUGGGUGUGGAUGGCGUUUUGCGGUGGUGGGGGAGGAUUAUGUGUGUGGUUGUGUGAUGGAUAUGACACUCUGAUGAGUGUGGUGAUGAGUAUAUGAAUUCGAAAAUAUAUAUCGUAAACUCAUGUCAGUAUUCGGGUAUGCAUGACUGGCUACACGUGAUGGAGG